AUGAGGCUUUAUCUUCUUUUUUCCAUCCUCUGCUGGAUGGUUCAUUCAGGCUACAGUCAGCUGAUCGCUGCCCCUGGUCUCAAAGGUGAAAAAGGAGACAAAGGAGACAGAGGAUUGCCUGGAUUCCCUGGAUAUCAAGGUGAACGUGGCCAUCUGGACCACUUGGAGCAACUGGACAACGUGGACGACCUGGACCAGCUGGACCUGCUGGACCUGCCGCAGUCUGUGGACCAGCAGUGGCACAUCGUGCAGGUAAAUAAUAUCUUUGGUUCUGUUAGUGAAGAUGUUGAGACUUUAAGGAAGACCGUUGCUAAGUUAGAAAAGGCCAUAAACUUUAACUUUGCGAGGAAGGUUGGUCAAAAAUACUUUGUGACCAACAAGGAAAGAGGCUCUUUCUGGAAAGCUGUGGAAUUCUGCUCCCAACCAGGCCUAGAGCUGGCUCUGCCCCAGAGUGAGGAGGAGAACAGCAAGCUGGCUCAGCUGUGGGAUGAAGCUGAUGAAAAGGCCUGGAUUAAUGUCAAUACCAAAAAAGCUGAGGGGAACUUUGAGACUAAUACGAACAAUCAGCCUCUGACUUUCACCAAAUGGGGAGCGGCCCAGCCGGAUGAAACCAUCCAGGAAACAGGCUGCAGCCUACUGUCAGGCGACGGCGUCUGGCGUGUGGUGCAGGCCUGCUCUAUGGAUGCUUACAUCAUCUGUCAGCUGUAG